GCCUCUUAGCUGCUUGGAAAGGAGUGAGGAGGAUAACGCAAUUCCUAGUUGAAGGGUAUGAGAUAACGAUCUACUUAAUAAAUAUGUGGACAGUUGUGCAUAGGUACUACACGGUUAAUUCGCUCUUCACACCGCUUUAGAUUUAUUCAACAGAGUGUUUACUCACCCUCUAACAGUGACUCUUCAAGUACUGUGACUACUGGGAGCCCCUGCAAUACCAGAGAGUAACAUGUCCAUGUUCAGCACAGGCAUCCUUGUGCUGACGUCUCCUCUCCAUACCCUCCCUUUACGCAUUGCUCCUGUGCUCAGUUCGGCUGCUCAGCUUGUUGACCGCACACUGUACGUCCACCUCCACCCUGGGUUGAAUCUGGGCAGCGGGAGCCAGCCUCGGCCAGUUUUCAUUCCACCAGUAGUGGACUUGUCCAAGCUCAUCGCUCGCCUUUACAGCAAUGCAGCGGAUGUGUGCGGGCACUUAGAUGUUCGUGUUUUGUUGACUAAUGUACAUGCUCAAUCUGCUGCCUGCAGCGGGACCACAUCUCCAAACUGCCCCUUCCCCACGCCACAACCGUUGUCUCACUGCCCAGAGGUGGUUCUAACAGACUUUGUGCUGCAGGACCCACAUCAGUCUCAUCAAGUCACACAGUGUCUGGAGAAGUACGCCGGUCAUUGCUACGUCUGUAGACCCGAUCUGCCAUCAGUGCUGCUCCACCCACAGCUAGUGAAGCUGCAGGAGAAGGAGGACACACUGAAAGAUCAAGAAGACAAGGUGGAACCUUUGGAGACCUACAGUGAUGUGGUGGUGGGGGGAACAUUUGACCGCCUCCAUGGGGCCCACAAGACACUGCUCAACAUCUCGUGUCUGUUGGCCAAUAGAAGGUUCAUCAUUGGUGUGUGUGACCAAGCGAUGCUUAAAAAAAAAGUGCUAAAGGAGCUGAUCGAGCCAUACUCUCUGCGGGUCCAGAGACUACAGGAGUUUUUACAAGACACCAAACCAUCACUUGAGGUAGAGAUUGUGCCUCUUGAUGACCCCUUUGGAGUGUCUAUAGUGGACCCCCUGCUGAAGUGCAUUGUGGUUAGCGAGGAGACAAGAAAAGGAGGCGAGGCUGUAAACAAGAAGCGCAUUGAGAAUGGUCUACCACCUCUUGUCCUUCAUGAGAUUCAGUUGCUUAAGGAUGCCCAUCACAAUGAAAUCGAGGAGGAAAAGAUCAGCUCUUCUAGCCUUCGUUCUCGUCUGCUGGGGACUCUUAUUACCCCACCGAAAGACACAUCCCACCUCCCUUACCUUCCGUAUGUGAUCGGCCUGACGGGAGGCAGCGGCAGCGGAAAGAGUUCCAUCGCCAAACAGCUGGAGGCUUUCGGUGCAGCUCGGAUCGACUGCGACAAGCUGGGUCAUGAGGUGUACCAGUUUGGCACAGCAGCCUAUCACAGAGUACUCAAAGAAUUUGGCCCAGAAAUCUUAAAUGAGGAUAAAAGUAUCAACAGACGUGCACUAGGGAGGAAAGUCUUUGGAAACCAGGAGGGAUUAAAAGCUCUCACAGACAUUGUAUGGCCUGAGAUUGCACUUCUGGUAAAGGACAGAAUCAAACAAGCUAAAGAUGAAGGUAAACAGGUUUGUGUGGUGGAUGCGGCUGUUCUUCUAGAAGCUGGCUGGACAGACUUGGUGCAUGAGGUCUGGGUCACCAUAAUCCCUGAGGAAGAGGCAAUGUUAAGGAUUACAGAGCGCGAUGGUGUGACCACAGAAGACGCCCUGCGCAGGCUGCAGAGUCAGUGGUCAAACAGUCAGCAAGUGGAGCAUGCUAAUGUAGUACUCAGCACUAUGUGGGAGCCAGAGGUCACUCGGAAGCAGGUACUGAAAGCUUGGAAUCUUCUGCAGAAGAGGAUCCAACAGAAGCCAGAGGGGCACUAAGAAGACAUGUUGCUCGAUACGUCAUGUCAAAUCUGACUUGUGCAAACAGAAUAAGCAUGUGUCUGGCCCAGGGACACAUUUGCACAAAUGACUAAUCAUAAUGAGGAUAGUCUGCCUUAGAAAAUGGUGAGGACAGCCAUCUUUGCAAGAAAACUGAGCAAGGUCCUUCAGUUUGAACGCAACUCAGUGCCUAACGAGACUUUCCACAAGUUUUCAACACUAGUUUUAUUUCAAGGAAGCAUCAUUAAAUGAUAGGUGUUUAAAAAGUUUACAAUCGGUCUAACAAAAUCAUUUUGAAUUUUUCAAAAUGGAAAUUUUGUUUAGGAUUAUUAAAUGCUUACAUUGACUAAAGAGCUCUAGACUUGCCCACCCCCCACAAAAAUGCCUUUUUAAGUUAACAGCAUGCCUUGUAAAAGAACAGUGAAGGUAACUUCAUAGACAAACUGUUUAACAAGGUCAAAAAUCUUUAUCAAAUGUUUAACUUGUUUCACUUGAGUUCUUUAGUCUUUAAAUAACCUCAGAAAAUGAAAGUUUAUUGAACAGUACUUUGAGAAAAGUGAGUUUGUUUUUAUUGUUUGGAGAGGCUUUAAAAUUCUGUUUGGUAUGUAAUGUGGAAACUACUGUAAAAUACCUGGUAAAGUGCUUUUAGUGUAGAAAUAUGGAAUGGGUACUGAUUAAUGUGGCUCUGCUAGUUAAUGUGUUAAAGACUUAAUCAUUUGUUAUUGCAUUGAUAAUAAACUUAAAUACAUAAGGUAAAUUGAGUUUAGUGAGUUGGAUGGAUUAGAGGAAGUCAAAGUGUCAAGCUGAUGACUAAUUAAAAUUAUCUUAGAAGUGAUUUGUAACAAAAGAUGUUCAAUAUUAUUAAAGUACAAAGUGCAGUCUCCAAAAAACACAAGCAAAGCUUUCUAUGGGUUUUUUACCCCAGAGCCAGUUCUCAUAACUUCAACUGUUUGUCUAAAACAAUUUAAAAGCCUCAGAGUUUGAGUCAAAAUUGUGUCAAACCAUAUAAAAACUAUUUACCAGAAAUUCAGUUUUCAUUGACAUCAGUGUUUUUAAUUUACUGGUAUGAACAUCUGCUUCAUUGCUUAACACACAUUAAAUGUUUUCCAGCAAAGUUA